CAUGCAGGUCUGGCAAUUCUAAGGUGAUGAGCUGGAGAUAAAAUCCAUUUGUUUUCCACUCUUGUAAAAUGUGUUUACUUUUUCUGAAACAAAUAAAGGUAGAUACGUUUCCCGAUAACAUGCGUGUACCAAUUGCAUAUUGAAUGAUUUUCUAACAGAGGGUGUGUUUUAUGACUUUGGUAAUGCAUAUUGGAUAUCGAGUGGUUGUCGAGAUAACGAACAAACAAACAGGAUGACGUAGAAUCGAACCACCAUUCCCCAUGUGACCAUGAGGCUUCUUAAACCCCACUCUGCGGAACUUUUCAGUGUCAAAAGAUAUAGAAGUGAAAACCGGUAUCAACAAGCUUUGCAAGAGGAACUGAAGAUUUUGCCGGCGUUAUUUUUCGUAUAUUGUCAGUUUUUUUCAAAUCGAUGUUAAAAAAUUCCAUUCUUUCUAUUUUGGUGUUCAGCGUACAGGUUCUGACGCUGCUGGUGCUGUUGCACCCGCCUGGGUCGGCGGGCUUUAGAAUUGACAGAAGUUCUUUUAAAAGAAGCCCUGUGAUAUUAGUUCCCGGCGAUGGGGGAAGUCAGCUUGAAGCUAAGCUCAACAAGACUGCAAAGCUUCACAUGUACUGCGACAAAACGACGGACGACUACUUCAACCUGUGGCUCAAUCCAAACCUACUUAUUCCAGCAAUCAUUAACUGCUGGGUCGACAACAUGAGACUCGUAUAUAAUAAUGUGACAAGAACAACAUCGAAUUCUCCUGGUGUUCACGUACGUGUUCCUGGUUUCGGAAACACUACCCAUAUAGAAUGGUUGGACCCUAGCAGUUUCUUGCCACCUUUUAUUCAAAGACUAAUAAUGAGCAGCUAUUACGUGGAUAUCGUGAACGGUCUGGUAGAUAUAGGAUAUAAAAGAAACGUGGAUAUCCGAGGCGCACCAUAUGACUAUAGGAAAGCUCCAAAUGAAAUGGGGCAAUACUACGAUGGAGUCAAGAAAAUGGUCGAAGAAACUUACGAAAGAAGUAAUCAAACAAAAGUAACUUUCGUUUGUCAUAGUAUGGGAUGUCCGAUUACUAACUAUUUGUUUAACCAGCAGAGCCAGGCUUGGAAGGACAAGUACAUCAAAGGCCUCAUAUCUCUAAGUGGUGCUUAUGGAGGAGCUGUCAAAGCGAUGAAAACAAUAGCUUCAGGAGAAAAUCUGGGGAUCUUGAUCGUGAAACAGUCCACAAUAAAAAUAGAACAAAUGAGCAGCUCAAGUCUUACUUACAUGCUGCCCUCGCGUCAUCUGUGGGGUCCGGAUGAGGUGCUGGCUUUCACCAAGACGAAAAACUACACAGUCGCCAACUACGAAGAAUUUUUUAGAGAUAUCGAUCAUCCUACAGGUUACGAAAUGUACAAAGAUACUUUCCCGUAUGCAGAUGAAAGCAUAAAACCACCAAGAGUGGAAGUUAUCUGCAUUUACGGUUUUGGUUUACCUACAACUGAGAUGAUGGAUUACAGGAAAGAUAAAAGCUUGCCGAAUUCGCCAACCUUGGUUAAAAGAAAUUUCGGCGAUGGAACUGUGAAUGAAAGAAGUCUGAAAGUGUGUUCUAAUUGGGAAGGAAAACAAAAGCAGAAAGUUACUACGAAGACUUUUAAAAAAAUGGAGCACUUGGACAUGUUGUCUAAGAAACCUAUUAUAAAUAUCAUAAAACACUAUGUGGUUACUUGGUAAAAGGAAAAUAUGUAUUUUCUAUAUAAUUAAGAAUUUAUGCCAAGUUUUGUAUUUUUUCUUUGUAUUAUAUUUUUGUAAAUAUGUUUUAAAAAGAUUCUGAAAAGAAUUUUCAGAAAAAAAUAUAUGUAUAUUUUUUAUUGUUACAAAAUGUGCGACAAUAUCUUUAUUGUUGAAAACGAAGCGAUGUUUUUGUUCAUAGAAAUGUUUGGCUUAGAAUUAGAUAAAUUAAAAUAUUCAUUUAUUUUCAUUAUAAUGUUCCUCUGUUGAACGUUAUUUGUUCCAAAAGGCGAAGCUGAUUUUGGUAACCUUCUGGUACCGGCCCUGUGUAGAUAAAUAUUAUGUAUCCGUAAACGUAAGAUGUACAGCUAUCACGUUUCGAAUUCGAAAUUCAUAAAUUAGGUAACUAUAUUCGAUUUAGCUUUCUCGCUUUUCGAGCAAUUUUAUGUCUAAGUUCGAAAUUUUUUUCUAAUUAAUAAGCACUGAAAGCUGAUGGAAAUGAUAAUCUCCGUUCACACCGAGUGGCAAAAAGUUGGAAAGAAGUGGCAAGCUUCUUUAAGCAAUAUUUUGUGAUUUCGAUUGGAUGUCAAAGACACAAACGAUGGUGCUUUUUUAUAUUUAAUUUUUAGGAUUAAUAUACAAUAUGAGAUUGAUGAAUUUAGUUUUUAAUGUUUCCAUAUAUUUUGAAAUAAAUAAACAAUUGAUGUCUUUGAAUUAUUAUAAAUGCUUUUAAGAAACUGGACUCCUAAAGUUGAAGAGGUUAAAAUGGCAAAUCAGACAGUAAAAGCAAUAAAAUUUCUUGUUAUUAAGGCUGAAUUGAUAUUGCUGAUUAAAUUGAAAAUGUUUUAUAUUAAGUAUAACUAAUUUAUCCAUAAUUUAAUCAAAGUCAUGAAAUUGGUAUGAUUUCUUUUCCUUUAAUGCUUUUAUUUUAAAUUCACAUAUCUUAAUAGAUUAAAAAGAAUUCAGUGCAUCUAUGUUUGUUCUAUUACAAUAAAAAUAUUCAAAUUGUAUUAAUUCAUAUACUUAAUAUUUAUUGCAUUUUCUGUUUGAUGAGCGCUUCGUUUUCUUAUGUGUAUAUCAAAGCUUACUGUAAAUACAGACGAUGGUCCCUACUACAAAGAAAACUAGUGUUUUUUUUUAUUUGUCUAGAGAAAAUAAUUUAUUUAUGUAUAAAAAUAAAUGAUAUCAAAAUCAA